UCUCCUACAAUCGAUUGAUGAAAGUUCGUGAAAGACAGGGCAGAGGGAAAAGCCAAGAGUGACAGAAUAGGGAUGAGCAUUUCAUUUUGGUGUAAUAAAACUAUACUAAAUAUACGACGUCCAUUUCCUGCGUUAUGUGAAAUCGUACCUGAAAGUUAUUACAUUAUUAUAGGUUCUGCUACCAAGAUAUAUUUAUAGGUUACACGCCGGUUAGAUCUCAUGUAUUUCAACGUAAAAUGAUUGUAUAUUAUCAUUAUUUAUUGAAAUGAAGCUGAUGGUUUUGUGUCGAGUGAAGGGUUCAGUGAUUCCGUAGGCAAGUCGCGAGUGCGCAGAAUUCAUCAACUUUUGUGGUUCAAAAGACAAAAUAGGAACGAGGAUCGUGUCAUUUGCUGAAUGGGAAGUCAACAGGUGUGAUCCAGAAUUGAAAUGACAUUCUUAAAUCUGUGUUACGUCAAAUCUUGAAAAAAAUCUUCUUGAAUGUUUACAGAAGAUAUAAUAUGCUUACGUAGCUUGAUAACGUUAACGGCAACGUUUAGAUAGGAAAUCGAAGCAGAAGAAGGUUGUUCUCCGAACGCUACGUUUUGUGAAUAGAGGUCGAAGAUGCCGCUGAAAUUUUGUGCCAACCUUUCUUUUAUGUUUCAAGAAACUGCAUCUCUCUUGGAGAGGUACGGUUUAGCUAAACAGGCUGGGUUUCGUGCUGUUGAAUGCGCUUUUCCGUACGACUUUUCGACUGAGGAUGUUGUAGCCGCUAAGAAAAAUGCGGGUGUGGAGCAAGUUUUAAUCAACGUAUUUGUUGGUGAUGUGACUAAAGGAGAACUCGGAUUCGCUGCCUUGCCAGGACAAGAAGAAGAAUUUAAAAACAGUAUUUCAUUAGCUAUAAAAUAUGCAAAAGCUCUUGAGUGUCCCAGAAUACACAUUAUGUCAGGACGGGUAGAAGAUGUUACAAGAGAAAAUGCUGAUACGUAUGAAAAAAAUAUUAGAUACGCCACAUCACUGUUGGAGAAGGAAAAUAUUGUUGGACUAAUUGAACCAAUAAAUCCAUAUUCUGUGCCAAAGUAUUACAUGAACAGUUAUGAAAAAGGUUUAGAAUUGGUCAAAAAGAUUAACAGCCCAAAUUUGAAGCUAAUGAUGGAUUUGUUUCAUCUUCAACAUCUGAGAGGAAACUUAACUCAUAAUAUUGAGGAUCUUCUACCUUAUGUUGGUCACAUCCAGAUAGCACAGGUGCCUCACAGACAUGAACCAGAUACUAAUGGAGAAAUUAACUACCAAUAUGUUUUUUCUGUCCUUGAAAAGAAUGGGUACAAUGGAUGGAUUGGUCUCGAAUAUAAACCACUCGAAGCCACUGCUGUUGGACUGAAAUGGAUUCGCAAUUUUGGAUACAGUCUAUGAGCCAUAUUUGUUGUGCACUGGGAAAUUUUCAUUACAAUUUUUCAUUCAUACAAUGUUAAAAGUAAUUGCACUGAAUUUUUUAAAUACUUCAGUAAUUCACAUCUGGGUUGCAAUGUCAAACAUAUUGAUUUGGGAAAUGAGUGAAAUGGUAAGAAAAUACUUGAAGAGGGUCCAAUGAGAAAUGUGUAGGUCCACUUUAUGUGUUAAAUGCUGUAUCAUUUCAUUUCAACUGCUCUGUAUUGUUCAAUUCUUUCCAUUUUAAAUAUUAAAAAUUCGGAAUAUCAAGUUGGUAAUAACCAAAUGCUCAAGUCUUCAUUCAACUAGCAUGCAUCACUUUCUCUCUUGCUCUCUUGCGAUUUUUAAUUCAAGUUUCAAUUAUCAAAGUUUUAAUAAAUGAUAAAAGAUGUUUUUUCGUAUUGAUAAUAUAACAUUUUCUUCAAAUUGUUGUUGCAAUUAUUAUUGUUGAUGUUGUUGUUACUGUUGUACUGUAUUUUGUGAUAGUUAAAAUUUUCAAAUUUUAUUUCAGAAUUAUGAAUAUACAUUUGUUGAAACCAGUUGCUAUUUCUGAAAUUUGUCAUUAAAUUAAUUUUUGCAUUUCUUUCACUUGUAAAUAGAACUUUCCUUUCUGAUUCCCUAAUAUAACAACAUGAAGCGACUUUGGAAAAAGUAUAUUUCGAAAGAGCUCCUUUAGCUGAUAUUUGCAGUUCACACUAACCUACAAAAUUCAUGAAUGUUUUACGUACAAGUCCUUACAUUCUAUUACAAUCGGAUAGUUUCCCAACACUGCCACAUUACAAACUGAGUUACCAAAAAAGCUGUUAAUGGAAAGUGGGAGUUAUUACCAUGUUUUUUAAACACAGCUUAUUGGGCGAAAGUGAACAUUGUUUUUCAAAACCAACAUGAGGGUACUUGGGAGGCAGCAGCAAGAUAUCUUUACAAAGUGUCUAUAAACAUACAGAAUGAACAAAUUUGUUAUAUAUUAUUUCCUAUUUCAUAAUUUCGCGUAUUUGGCCUUGAUAGCCACUGAAC